GAAGACCAAAAUCGAAGUGAAGUAUGUUAUGUAUGUAUGUUAAAUGACUAUCCGCUGCUGCUGGUCUGUUAACAUUUGCUAAAAAACUGCCACCACCAAAUUUACAAGUGAACACAAGUGUAAACUUCUCGCUGAUAAUGGGCGCCUACAUCCACUACGAUUUAGUUGUAUUCCGAAAGUCUCUGGAUAAACUUGACACGAGCCUAAAUCUCUUCAACAAAAUGUGCAUCAGCAAGGCUACAUCAACUAUUGAGAAAUCAAAUAAUGACACAAUUGAAAUAACGAUGAGUGUGGGAGAUUCUGUCAACAUGAUUCUUGACGAAUUGGCUACUAGCAUGAGAACGGCAACUAUUAAGGGGAAAAUCAGAACACUGGCAGAGCAAAUCUCACUGAAAAGGACUGCUCAACGAAUAAAUAGAAAAAUGGGAGCUUCCAAUCAACUUGUAGCAGACCUGACGGAACAUAUCACUUCUGAUAAAAACGAGAAGAAGCGUCUGGAAUUGGAACUACAGAAGAUUGAAGGCGACGAGUAAAGUCGGAAAAAUGAAUAUUUCUAUGGAUUGUAAUAUAAUUAAAAAUUAAAUUUAUGAGUAAAUUGAGUUUACCUUCAAUA